AUGCUGACGAUGUCGCCCAACACGCGACGCCGAAGAGACAAGGACGAGGUCAAGCUCACGAAGAAGCGCAGGCGCAUCUCCAACAAGCUCGUCAACCUCGACUACAUGCUCAAGAAGCGCAGUCUCGAACAGCGCGCCGCCAGCGCGGACCUCGAGAGGUCCCAGAAGCGGCCACGCCCCUCCGAGGUCAUCGUCGAGGCGUACACCAACCGCGAACAGCUCCAGGCGAGUACCAUUAGCAGCGACCAGUGCCCGAGCCCACCGCCCCAACGACGACGGCGUGGCUCUCCUUCGCCGAGUCCUCUUCCUCCAUCUGGGCCGACCCCGGACACCUCCCGGCGCCGCAGCACUUGCCGUCCGAGCCGCUCACUUGCGAGACCGACCGGUGCCUGCAAGACGUGA